AUGGAGAUGCAGAUACUCGUCAGGAACAUGAGGCUGAGUGACCGAUCAGAGGAUUACAUUCAGAAGAAGAUUGCACGGCUGGAGCGGCAUCUGCGGGAGCGUGUGGACGCGAAGCUGGAGCUUUCGCGCACGGCUGCGAGGUCGGAGACGGACCGGUUUGUGGCUCAGAUGACGAUAAGCACGAGCGGCGCGACGCUGCGAGGGCAGGAGAGUGGGUUGACGCUGUUCGCGGCGGUGGAUGCGGUUGCGGAUGUUAUGGACAAGCAGAUACGGCGAUAUAAGGGCAGGGCGUACAGGACUUCGCAGGCGCGCAGGUCUGCCAGAAACCAGGCGAUUCGGGAGGAUGUGGGCGCAUUGAUUGAGGAGAUCGUUGCCGUUGACGAUGAGGAGCAAGAUGAGUCGAUUGAGGAACUGGGGAAGGUGGUGCGCGUGAAGAGCUUCUCGAUGGAGCCGAUGAUGGUCGAGGAUGCUAUCAUGGAAAUGGAACUGCUGGACCAUGACUUCUUUCUAUUCCACAACGCGGAGAAUGACAGGCACAGCGUGGUGUACAGGCGGACGGACGGGGACUAUGGGAUGAUAGAGCCUGAGAGGGUGUAG